GAAAAGAGAUUCAGUCAGAGAAGCAAUCUUCAAAAGCAUCAAAGAACUCACACAGGGGAGAAACCUUUUGAAUGCCCAGAGUGUGGAAAGAGAUUCAAUCACAGUAACUCUCUUCGAUAUCAUCAAAGAACUCACACAAAUGAGAGACCAUUUGAAUGCUCAGACUGUGGAAAGAGAUUCAAUCAGAGUAGCCAUCUUCAACGACAUCAAAGAACUCACACGGGGGAGAAACCUUUUGAAUGCUUAGAAUGUGGAAAGAGAUUCAAUUAUAGUGGCAAUCUUCGAAAGCAUGAAAGAACUCACACAAAUGAGAGACCUUUUGAAUGUCCAGAGUGUGGAAAGAGAUUCAAUCACAGUGACUCUUUUCGAUAUCAUCAAAGAACUCACACAAAUGAAAGACCUUUUGAAUGCUCAGACUGUGGAAAGAGAUUCCGUCAAAGUAGCCAUCUUCAACGACAUCAAAGAACUCACACAGGGGAGAAACCUUUUGAAUGCUCAGUGUGUGGAAAGAGAUUCAGUCAAAGUUGUAGUCUUCAAGAGCAUCAAAGAACUCACACAAAGGAGAGGCCUUUUGAGUGCCCAGAGUGUGGAAAGAAAUUCAGUCUAAAUGGCAGUCUGAGAAAGCAUAAAAGAACUCACACAAAUGAGAGACCUUUUGAAUGCCCAGAGUGUGGAAAGAGAUUUAAUCAGACUAGCAAUCUUCAACAGCAUCAAAGAACUCACACAAAUGAGAGACCUUUUGAAUGCCCAGAGUGUGGAAAGAAAUUCAGUCAGAGUGGCGGUCUUCAAUGGCAUAAAACUCCCCCAGUUCCAUGGCCUGUGAACAGCGAUACAUCUACUUCAAGAGUAUUUCAUCAAACCAAAACAAGAUCAUUUCCAGUUAACAGGUAUUCACCUCUUUGCCAUUAAAGCAGCCUUCACAUCUGAUUUGUCAGGAACUGGGGAACCUUUUGGGACAAGACAGAUCUGUACAGAAGGGAUGGGC